AUGGCCACUAAGAUGGAGGGAAUGGAGCACUCUGAGGUUCACUACUUUCAGAGCUACAAUCAUCAUGGCAUCCACGAGGAGAUGUUGAAAGAUGAAGUGCGCACCAAUUCGUAUAAAAAUGCUAUCUACCAGAAUGCCCACCUUUUUAAGGACAAGGUAGUUUUGGAUGUUGGAUGUGGAACUUCCAUUCUUAGCAUGUUCGCCGUUAAAGCCGGUGCCAAGCAUGUUAUUGGUGUUGACAUGUCCACCAUCAUCGAGAAGGCAAGGGAGAUCGUUGAGGUCAAUGGUAUGAGCGAUAAGAUCACCCUUCUCCAGGGAAAGAUGGAGGAGGUUGUCCUCCCUGUCGACAAGGUCGAUAUCAUCAUCUCUGAAUGGAUGGGAUACUUCCUCCUCUACGAAUCCAUGUUGGACACCGUUCUUCUCGCUAGAGACAAGUACCUUGCUCCGGGUGGAUUGAUCUUCCCCGAUAAGGCGCAUAUCUACAUGGCCGCCAUUGAAGAUGGCGACUACAAGGAGGAAAAGAUUGGAUUCUGGAAUAACGUCUACGGGUUCAACUUCUCCCCUCUCCAGAAGACUGCUCUCGCCGAGCCCCUCGUGGACACGGUGGAAAUGAAAGCAAUCGUCACCGACCCCGGUCUCAUCUUCUCCAUCGAUCUUUACACAGUCACCCCCGCCGAGCUCGCCUUUAGCGUUCCUUACUCGCUAACUGUUACCCGCAAUGACUUCGUCCAUGCGCUUAUUUCCUGGUUCGAUAUAGAGUUCACUGCCUGUCAUAAGCCCAUCCGCUUCAGUACUGGUCCUCAUGCCAAAUAUACCCACUGGAAGCAGACUGUGUUCUACCUUCAGGAGAUCCUGACCGUUAACCGUGGGGAGACCAUUGUUGGUCACAUCAGCAGUAAACCGACAGAGAGGAACAGGAGGGAUUUGGAUGUGAAGAUUGAUUACAAGCUGGAGGCGGAGGAUCCUCAUAGGAGCACUGGUGGCUCUUGCGAGUACAAGAUGUGCUAA